AAUCAUAUGUCACAGAUGCUGUCUGUGUGUGUCUCUAGUUUCCUGUGUCACACAGAGGAAACCAGACUCUUCAUCGCUGGUGCAGAGAAUCGACGACAGCGAGAUAAAAACUCUGCGACUGAGGUGAAAACAUCGGAGCUUCAAUGAACCAGGAUUAGAAAGCUGCGUCUCCAUGUCCGCAGUGACGCCCUCCGCUGUCCCAGCUCCGGCUCUGGUCCAGAUCCAGCUCGGCCUGUUCAGGGAGGUGGUUCGAGUCCCUGCUGGGAACCUUAGCUACCGCCAUGCAAAGAGGCUGGCUGCAGAGGUCAUAGAGCGGAAGGCUCCAGACUGCAGCGUGGUCGGUGUCGGGGAGAAGAUUCUGCUGUUCAGACAUCAGCCCGACUCCGAGCUGCAGCGUCUGACCAAUCAAGACGAGCUGCAGGACGGAGACCUGAUCGAGGUCGUCAUCGCAGGGUCAGCCUCGGUGACUGCGAUGAGGAUCCGUCCUCACUCCCUGGUGGUCCAGUCGUACCGGACCCCCACCUUCUGUCAUCACUGUGGAGAGAUGCUGUGGGGCCUCGUUCGUCAGGGGUUGAAAUGUGACGGUUGUGGAUUAGACUUUCAUAAACGCUGCGCUUUCCUGUUGCCCAACGACUGCAGCCGAGCACGACGUCAGGUCAGCACCAGCCUCUCUCUGUUUCCUCUCCGACGACCACGAACACACUCCCUCUCCAAUCAGGCAGGAGGCAGCCUGGAAGAGAUCAGCAUCACCCGGCCCUCCUCCAGGCCUCCGUCCUGGGCAGAGCCUCCGGUGUGGCUGGGGGUGGGCGGUGGUGACAGCAAGGCUCAGGUGCCUCACACCUUCCACAUCCACAGCUACACCAAACCCACCGUCUGCCAGUACUGCCACCGGCUGCUCAGAGGGCUCUUCAGACAGGGGCUGCAGUGCUCAGACUGCAGGUUCAACUGCCACCGCCGCUGUGAGCCUCUGGUCUCCAGAGACUGUCCGGGCGAGAGGAGCCGCAACAACGGGGAAGAAUCCCCAGCAGCUGGUCGCAGCGGUCCUCUAGACCCAGAGGACGAUGAGCUCAUCAGCACGCCACACAUCUCUGAUGACGAGAUGUCCUCUGACAGCGAAUCCCCCGCCGACACCAAGGAAGUGCAACAAUGGCGAGAACCAAUGAGUCCGUGUUUCAGCAGCAACAUCCCUCUGAUGCGUCUCGUCCAGUCGGUGCAUCACAGUAAGAGGGGAGCCGGCGGAGUCCUGAGGGAGGGGUGGCUGCUGCAUCACACCAGCACGGACACCAUGAGGAAACGUCAUUACUGGAUCCUGGACUGGAAGAGCAUCACUCUGUACCAGAGCGACAGCAGCACCAAGUUCUACAAAGAGAUCCCUCUGUCUGAGGUGCUGCAGGUCCGAGGCUCCGCCCAGCUCACCACGCCUCAGUUGCUAGGAAACGGCGCCCACUCCUUUGAGGUGGUGACGGCCUCGCUGGUGUACUGCGUGGUGGCCGGUGAGGACGGGCCGGCGUGGGAGAGCGCCAUCCGUCAGGGCCUGAUGCCCGUGGAGAGCGGCGGCGGAGGAGGGAGCGGCGAGGAGGAGCACGAUCUACGUUCACACAGAGACAGCGCGGACGUCAGCUCCGUGUAUCAGAUCUUUACGGACGAGGUGCUGGGGUCGGGACAGUUUGGAGUCGUGUACAGAG